AUUUCUACCCCCUCAAAGUGUACUGGGCCAUAUUCUAUCAAGACAGUUGAACUAUCUAAGCGCUGGUACGUUGCAGACGCUUGUACAGCAAUCAAGCACGGAACAAGGUGGAAACAUGUUGGCCAUGACAGCCAUGAGAGGAACCUAGCCAAGGUGCAACAGCCAUUUGGAGUGAUGUCUGCUCAUUCAUGGCUAACUACUGAGAAUAGCAAUUCGCGAUGCCGACGAGAGCCCUCAAGACGCAAGAGAACCCUACACCUUAUAAGUAUCGUAUGUGAGUCAUCAGCGAUUAGCGGCUCAUCAAUCUAUUCAGAUCCCCCAUUCAAUCUGCGCAAUCUCAUGUCGGAACAAGAAGUCGCUGGUCUCCUCUGGAAUAACUAUAUUUCCGUGCCAAUGUUUACCCUGAUGUCCUAUGAGUACCUCCUUCUGUUGGACAAGGAGGUUAAAUAUGUCUGGGAACGACCAUGGUCAAUAAUGUCACUCCUGUACCUCAUUGUUCGAUAUUUUGGUCUUUUCCUGGCACUGCUGUGCGGUUCAUGGGGAGGGCUGCUGUAUAUGCCUGAAUCAUCCCAAGUUCGUCUUAGAGCCAAUUCUCACUCGUCGUUGUCCUCUUAUAUAGCUGCAAGUUACGGUCUUAUCGUUCUAAUUGAAUGGGGGUUUUCAGUGUAUUUUUGCUUUGCGGAAGCCAUUCUCAUAUGGCGCCUUUACGCACUAUGCAACCAAUCUAAGCUCCUGCUUUAUGUUCUAGUGGGAUUGUUUUUGCCCAUUGUCGCCCUCUCGAUCGGGACGGACAUUUAUUUAUACAGUCGACCUAACGUGUUCUCAGUGAAAGAAAUCAUAACUCCGCACGCCAAGUACUGCACUCUUUCCCGCAACACGGGGCCUAUGCCUGCGAUCUAUACUUCCAUCCCCAUUGUGUGCUAUGAUGUCUUAUUAGUGAUUCUCGCGGCUGCCAUCCUCGUGAGGCACCUUAAGGAACGGAGGGAAAUCCAAAUGAGGGCUAAUACCUAUAUGGUCAUGAUCGUCCGGUAUCAUAUCAUGUACUUUGCCCUGAAUUUGACAAACCAAAUCUUACUGGUUAUAUUAUGGGCUCAUAUUCCGACCUCGGUGACGAGUCUCUCGGAGCUUUUCAACGACACCGCGCCAUUUAUUCUCGCUCCCCGUCUCAUCAUCAGUAUUUGGGAUACACAUGCCCAAGAUGAUUGCGUAGAAGUCAGUAAACUGUUCGAGGAUUGUACAUGUUGGACUUUUCCUCCGGGUUCCGAACAGCACGAGAUGGACUCCGUUGUCGUAUAAUUAUGGCAUGCUGAUUCCUCAGUAUGAAGAAAAGUGAUCGGGGUUGAAUGAGGCAUAUUUAUGAAUGAAUAACUUAUAGUCGUGUAGCGCCUGAUAGCGUGGUAGUUAUGUACGUAUCAUAUCCCUUCCGGUGCAACAAGCACCCCACAGGAGUCGACGCUUUCAUAAAACUUGUAUUUCUAGCUACUUAAACAAAAAAUUCCCAACAUAGAUAGCAUUCUCUCAAGUUUUGAUACAAC